AUGGGCCUCGAAUAUGUCUUUGUACACCUCAAGUACACCAUCCCACCAGCAGUCGCGCUAACUCUCCUGUACCGGCCAUUGCUCACCAAGAUGGACAUCUAUAAGCUUGGAUUUCUUAUCAGCGUCGCCGUGAUAUCAACAUUACCAUGGGACUCGUAUCUGAUUCGAAAGAACAUCUGGAGCUAUCCAAGCCAUGUCAUUGUUGGCCAGACGUUCUUCAAGAUCCCGGUGGAGGAGAUCUUCUUCUUCAUUGUACAAACUUACAACACCUCACUUUUUUAUCUGAUUCUCAGCAAACCGACAUAUCAACCUGUGCUCCUCACGGCCGUGAGGGGUGAUGGUCAUCCAAACGGCGUGCUGAAUCCGGAAUGGCGGAAUUACCGGGUGGCUGGUCAGUUAGUCUUGGUGGGUAUCAUUGGCUGGGGCUGGUGCAUGGUCCUUUCUGCAGGGCGUGCUACCUAUGCCGGUCUAAUCAUCAUUUGGGCAGUUCCAUUUCUGGUGUUCUUAUGGACUCUUGCGUAUCAGUUCAUCAUCAGCUUACCCCUCUCGAAUACACUCGCACCCAUUAUGCUGCCUACUGUCUACCUUUGGAUGGUGGAUACUCUAGCCUUGCAACGGGGUACGUGGGUAAUAAACCCGGGCACUAAAAUGGGAGUCCAUCUCUGGGACGGCCUGGAGAUAGAAGAGGCGCUUUUCUUCCUCUUGACCAACGUGGUCAUAGUGUUCGGUCAGAUCGCCUUCGACAGUGCCUUGUCAAUUCUCAGCGCCUUCCCCGAUCUGUUUCCAGACUCUCCGCCACUGCCAUCGCCUGCAUUUCUGAUGCGGGCCUCGCUGAUGCCCGCGUCAAGGUUCGACGAGAACCAAAUAGCAGGCUUGCGAGAAGCUGUCCAGCGUCUCGAGAAGAAAAGUCGCAGCUUCUAUGUCGCGAGUUCAGCUUUCCAAAGUCAGAUCCGUACUGACUUGAUUUUGCUCUACUCGUUCUGCAGAGUUGCAGAUGACCUUGUGGAUGAUGCCCGCAACCCAACUGAAGCCCGCACUUGGAUUGCGAGGUUGCAAGAGUUUCUCGAACGGGCAUAUGAUGGAAACAGCGAGCAAGCUGCCACGUCCAACUUUAUUCGAACGACUUUUCCGAAGGAGACGCAGGCGGCGCUCAUCCAAGUGCCCAUUAAGAAACUCUCCCGUCAACCCCUGGAAGACCUGCUGCGUGGGUUCGAGAUGGACAUGUGCUUCUGCCAAGAUAAGGACGGCCCCAUUCUUGUCGAAUCGGACCUGGAUAUCUAUGCGCAUCGUGUCGCUGGGACGGUCGCAAACAUGUGCUUGGAGCUCAUUUUAUAUGAUUACGACACACACGUGAAAGGGGAGGACCGACAGCGUAUUAUUGAAGCCGGCGAUCGCAUGGGGGUUGCCCUUCAGUGCGUCAACAUCGCUCGGGACAUCGCUGUCGAUGCGAGCAUGGGCCGUGUUUACAUCCCGCGCAGUUGGCUUAAGAAAGAAGGCCUCAGUGCGAGCUCGAUAUUACACAAUCCGCAUAGGCCAGUUGUGGAGAAGCUCCGGAGCCAGUUACUCAAGAAAGCCUUUGCCCUGCACAAAGGUGCCAAAGACGCAAUUGAGGAGCUGCCUGUAGAAGCACGAGGGCCCCGUCGUGUGGCUGUGGAGAGCUACAUGGAAAUCGGGCGGGUGCUUAGGCGGGAAGGGUACGUGGUCAAGGCGGGCAGAGCCACGGUCCCGAAGCUGAGAAGGUUGCGCGUCGCUUGGAAGUCUCUGAGGUCCCAAUGAUACAAGUCUUGGGCGGUUUGCAGUGAGUUCGGAAGCCGGAGUGGUGCUCUGUACCUCUUAAGGACGACGAGGUGCUCAUGCAGCAUUUAUUAGGCUUUUUGAUAGACCAGGUUACUGAUCGAGAUUAAAGCAAGCCAAACACUGCCUUAAUCUGUGGGAAUUUCCGCUCCGUCUUUUGGUGGCGCUAUGUAGGUCCUAGUAGUUGGAACGCCCUUUGGUCUUGGAAACAUCCACCUGCACCACAUUCACCAUAGAAGUGGAGUGUUUGCAUUAUUUUAUGUGAGCAUCGAUCUAAAUUGGACUGACG